UGUAUUUUAUAGACGCAGUGACGCCGUCAGUGGCGCGCCGCGGGUCGAGUUCGCUACACGUAUAUUGUCGGUCUGUCUCGCAACUCCGCGACAUACGGUCUACACGCCCCGUCUCGUUUGAAAGAAUCUCGAUCAAUAAUAAAAGCACGACCGAAACUUGAUGCGUCCUUAUCGUUAUCAUCCCAUCCCUACACGUGUUCAUCCGUCUUAAUGCACUGCACAUUUUUAUAUAACCGAUUGUGAUCGACGCCUAUGUACUCGUAGAAUCGCGUGGCGCACCGGCGUCAACAAUGUAGCCAUAGUGACGUGACCGUGUUGACAAUUUGACAGAUUAUUAUGAGGCUACCAUGCAAUAAUUAUUAAUGAAUUUUUAUAAUUAAUUGUUGGGUGUUAUUAUUUUUUUUAUACAUUUUUUAAAUCGACAAUAAUUCAAUAUAUCUAGUUGUAAAAGUGUUAUAAAAUAAUUGGUGAAAAUGGGGAAUGGAAUGAAUAAGGUUCUUCAUGGGCUGUACGUGGGUAACUAUAGGGACUCAAAGGACCCGGUACAGCUUGAAAAGUACAAAAUCACACACAUACUGUCCAUACACGACGCAGCUAGACGAUUGCACGCUGAUAAACACUACCUCUGCAUAAUGGCUUCCGACUCUCCAGACCAGAAUCUGACACAGUACUUCAGUCUAUGUAACGACUUCAUACAUGCAGCGAGAUUAAGAGACGGCAACGUACUUAUUCAUUGUUUAGCGGGCAUGUCCCGAAGUGUGACGGUGGCUGUGGCAUACAUAAUGUCGGUGACCCCGCUCACGUGGAGGGAAGCACUUAAAGUGGUGAGGGCGGGCCGCGCGGUCGCCAACCCCAACUUCGGCUUCCAACGGCAGCUGCAGGACUUUGAGACUUACAAGCUGGUUGAGGAAAGGAGACGACUCAAGGAGCGGUACCCGUCCCUAGCGUUAACAGACCGCGAUCUUUCCGAGUGCCGAAUUAUGCUAGACUCAUAUCAAACGAUGUUGAGCGAGAAGACUAUUUGCGAAGGGAAAUGUGCCAUGGGUCGACAAUGUCCUACAGGUGUUUGUAGAACGGGUUCGAAAAGGCAAUCUAGGCCACGGAAGCCUUCCAUUCCCGUGACAGCGACCGAAACUGUUAGUGGGGGUGGGGGAUUGAGAAGAUCUCCUUCGACUCUGUCUACCACUUCUACAGCAUCAGGAUAUCGUCCCAGAUCCUCUCCAGCAGGUCUCUACAGCUAUACUGGUGCCCCAUCGCGACCGUCGCGGUCCGCAUCAGGGUUAAGCGUGACUCGUAUCACGGACCCGGUCGGUGGUGGGACCGCGAUGGCUGUAGGUGGUACGGAGUACUCGCGGCGUCGCGCUGCAUCCGCGCCGGCUACACCAGCGCUGUCGCCGGCUUCAUCACCACCUGGAUCCCCGCACAGAGCUGCUCAUAGGGGUGGCUGUUCGUGGAUAAUACCCACAAUUAACUGGGACCCUGAAUCGAUGUAGAUACUGUACUGCACUUCCAAGUAUUUGCAUAAACACUUCGCUAACACUCCGUUAAUUCAAGAUCGUGUGCAGUACAACGGUGCUCGUAGCAGGCUGCGCCUCGUCCGUCGUCUCGCAUCCGCCCAGUAUCAUCCGCACAACGACGUUGAAAGCAUCCAUUUUAAACGUAAUAUUUAUUGGUCCAGUUGGAAAACAAUGAUUUCGAUCCUGAUCUUAAAAGGUGUCUCUUAUUCACUGGUUUAAUUUCGUUAAGAGAUUGAACGCCAUGUUAUAUAAAUGUCUUCAACGUUGCAUUGAAUUAUUGUUGCGAGAUGCCGCCAAUGUUGAAAUUAUUAACUUAAUUAUUAAGUACACAAUUUAACAGUCAGCAACGAAAGUUGCUGCACAUAAUUUAUUGUAAAAUAUUCCAGAGAAAGAGAGAAAGAGAGAAAGAGAGAGAAUAAGUAUAUUUUACUCGUAAAUUACAGAUCAAAGUGGACAACAAUACAACUUGUUAUCACUAAAGUUGUUAUACCAUAAAUUUAUAAACAUCAUUGAUUAUGGCACUUAUGACGUACUUAAUCCUAUCUGUGUUUUUGUAAUUUUGAAAUUAUAGGUGACUUUUUUAUAUUUUACUUUGUCAAGUGAUUAAAGGUUAAUGUAAUUUUAUAUUUUGUAUCUGUAUAUGGACUUUCGUUGCUGACUGUACCUAAGCUUCGAAGCUGGAAGACGUCGUAUGUUAAUGUAUACACUCUGCCUUAUAUGUCCAAAUAUUUUAGCAUAAGGUAGUGUGUGACACAGUGACGCAUUUGUGCUAUAUAUAUGUUAUGAAAAGACCAUCACUGGAUGAAAUUACAUUGUGAUUAUUUAGCAGUGUGGGUGGAGACGGAUAGCUACACCAUGAAAUGUGUGAAACAUACGCUCAUCAACGAAAUAAUGCUAGUAUCAUUUUGCCAUGGUCGUUGUAUCUAAAUAAUUGUAGCUGAGCUACAAAUAUUUUGCAAUAUUUUAUAUAGGUAGUGCAAUUAUAAUAAUUUUAGGGCAAAUAAAUUAUGAAAAGAAUAUAUUGGAAUUGUUACCUAUCUACGACAAAUUAAAAAUCUUGUUGCCUCUUCAUGUUGAAACUUAAUAAGAGGACAAUAGGUAGGUAAGUAUAUUUAUUAUAUAUUUUCAUAAAAAUAAUGUUUUAAAAGUAAUAUUUCAUACAAUGUAUCAAAGCAAAUUUAAAGAAACAAUAGAUUAUUCAAAAAUAUUUUUGAAAUAUUUUUUUAUAAUUUCAGAAAUAUGCCUGUAUAAAUAUAAAAAUUAGUCCAUUAACUGUUGUGAUUUUAUUAUUUAUUAAAAUUACUUUUAAUAAAUAAUUACAAUUUUUAUAAUUUUUUAUUUAAAUAUUUAUUAAAAACAUUAUUACACAUUUUCAGAAAAUAUAUGGAAUAGUAGGAAAACGUAUUUAUUGGUUUCUAACCUGCCUACCUAUUUACAACAAGUUUCGUUAGCUUUUAGUGUUAUUUUUCAUUUACCUCUUUGUUCAUUUGUGAUUUUAAUUAAUGGAAGAAUAAAAUAAAUUCAUAUAUUAAAUAUAUUUAAUAUUUAAAUAUAUUACCGAGAAAAUGUCUUAUUAUUAAAUUCAAUUAUUAUAUAAAUUACGGAAGCAAGAGUACAACGUGUGUAAUAUCUGAUAAAAAAGAUAUAAUUUAUACAUAAUGGCUGUAUAAAUCGGUAUAGUAUUAAUAGUAAAUUCUAUUAAUUAGGUGCGUAGUUACGUACGUACUUGGUCGACCCAGGUAGCACCUAGUGUUAGUAGGUUCGGAGUAAGAAAAUCUGGCUGGUACAGAUUUAUAAUAUUAAGAUUUCUAUUUUCCAAUGUGUGUAGCGAAAUUUCAAUAAUAUUAGAUACUUAGCUCACAAUUUGCGUGGCAUGAGUAGAUAUUUUUUAAGAUUACAACUUUCAGUCACGGCAAGUUAAAUUUAGAAAUUAAGAGCAUCUAAUAAAGCACGAAAGGUUGAACGGUAAGCUUGAUUUUAAGGGAGCAAACUAUUUAAAAGCCUUAAAAUUAUUCUACGAGAUUUAGUUUCAUUUUUUUCACUUAUUACAUAGAAAACUUUAUUAGGUACCCGCUUUCAUUAUUAUUUUUAUUUAUUUCUUUAUUAAUAACAUAAAAUAAACUAAUUAAUACACAUUUUAGUUAGGUACAAAUUGGAAUAUACCUACACAUAAUAAUUUAGCACUAUUAUGGAAGGGUUGUGCUAGCAAAAUCUCACUUAUUAAGUAUCUAAUAAAAAGUGACCCCCAUUUUAUGAAGACAAUUGAUAAAAGUAAAUCUGCAAUUUCCCAAAGUAUAUCUCCCUAUACCUACUAGUUAUUGAGAAGCUCCUAGUACUUUUUUUCAUAUGUGAUUAUGGGGAAAUCUUCACAGAUAUGCCGCACGUUUCAGUCAGUGAAACGAGCGGAGUUAUGGGAUUCUUAUACUAUAAAAAACUCAUUUAUCGCCUUUUUGGAUGCAGUGCCGAAACCACGUAGCCGCCUUUCGUGCCGCUACAGAACAUAACAAUAUAUAAUUAAUGUCACGUAAUAAAUUUAAUUAUAUUUCACACGCUAGGAUAUUUCAGUUUUUAUAUAUUUAUUUAAAUUGCAAAGCAACCUAGAGAAAAGCAUAGGGCUAAACCGUUAGUAUCUUUGCUUUUCAAAAAUCUUCACAAUAAAGACAAGGAGUGUUUUACGUUUUCUCUAUCGUACUACUCUAAGUAGGUAUCUCUGAAAUUCAUCAUUUUGAUAAACAGGCAGACAGUUAGAUUUCAAUCUCAAUAUUGCCAUCUAUCGAUUCCAUGACGUAAAAGUUAUAAAUCUAAAAAUAGACUACCUAUCAAACAUUAUUAAUUUUGGAGUCCUGAAUGAAUGCUUAAAAGUAUUUUAGUAUCAUACCUUUCGGGUGCAAAUAUUAUAAUUUAGUAAGCAUUCACGUAAUUUGUACGUCUUAUUUCUAAGUCCUAACCUUAUUAUAUAAUAGUAAAUUAUUUUUAAAUGUUAACUUUAGCCUCGUAUUUUGUAAAACCUUGUUGUUGCUCAAAUUGAAAACAAGUCCGUUCCUAUCCUAGCACUGCACAAUUUAAUUUCGUUCGCACUUGUAUAUAAUUGUCAUAUUGUGCUAAAUCUAUUUAUAUUUAGCAAUUAAAGAGUGAAAACUCAAUUCUAGGGUUGAACUAUGUUGUGAAAUUUUGCAUAUCUCGUAUCUCUUUUUCUCAUUACUCCAGGCAUAGCCUGAAUUAGAAAAUUGUGAUUUACAUAGAUGCCUUUAGUACCUACGGUGGCAUUUGUAGUUGAUUAGUAGCUAAGUACUUAACUUGUUCGGGUGAGCUGAGGGCAGUGGUUGGAACAAGAGGGUAGGUUCAUGACGAACCAUGAAUAAGAAGUCUAAUGUAACUUAUAUUUUGUUAUUCUUUUUUAUUUUUAUUAAAAGAACAUGCGAUUUACCUGAUGGCAAGUGAUUAUCGCCACCCAUAGGCACCCGCAAUAUCAGAGAAAUUAUAGGUGUAUUGCCGGCAUUUUUAACAGUAAUAUACUUUUUUUCUUGUAGGUUCCAAUGUUUCAAAGAGACACAAUGUAUUUAUGAUCGACAAAGACAUCGGCAAUAAAUAUUACAUUAAUAUCACACUGUUUUUGUAGGUCUUUUUUGGAAAUAUAAAAUACUAAUAAAAAGUUAAAAAGCAGAAUAGUAAUUUCUACAAUAGGUAUUUAUAUAUUUAUGUAUAUCCAUAUACUGUACGAGACAUAAGUUGUUUUACAAGGAAUAUUUAUUUUUAUUCGAGUACGUUAAACCUCAGAAGUUUUUAGAAGACUAUUUAUGAAAGUGACCAAUUAAGUACCUACCUACUUAAAUUGUAUAGGUAGUGCCCAUGAGUAUAUAUAUACCAGUGCCCUCAGACUCAAUCAGACAAUCCUUUGAAAUGAUUAUGAAAUGCUGCCACUGUAGCUUUGUUAAGAAAUUGUCAUGAAUUAUCAUAGAUACAUAAAUUAUUAUUUAAACAUUUGUAUAAAAUUGAGAAGUGACAAAACGGAAAAUGGAUUUUAUGUAGAUACAAUAUAGAUUUAUGAGAUAAAAUAAAUAUAAAAGAUGGAUUGUAUGUGAGAAAAUACGAAGAAAUGAAUUUCUGUAGUAAGGCGAGUGGGAUGCCUGGAUCAGAACUAGCCCUUAAACAAGUGAUAAACAAAUUUAUCGAUCGAUAGAUUUUUACUACUGCAUAUAUGGGACAGUAAUGUCUGGCGUUUUGUUUUUCGUCAUGUGUGUCAUAAUUGAAAUACAUAUAUAAUAGGGGUGAGUAAUAUAUAGCAAUAUCUGUAUAUCGUAAUUAAAAUAUAUGGAUAUUGACCCAAUAAUCCAAUAUUAUAAUAUUGAAAUGAAGAACUCGAUUGAAAUGAAUAUAGAUCCAACUGGUAUGGGCGAUAUUCAAUUGAUUGAUGACCUUUUUUCCGCUAUCAUUGUCCAGAGGAACCCAAUAUAUAGAUAUCGGUAUGGUACCGAUAUUACCCAUGCAUAAUAUAUAGAUAAUUAGACAUACACCGAUAGAUUUGUGACUUGUUUCGGGGCUAGAAAGGGGGUAAAAUGUAGAAUAAAAAGCGCAUUUUUGCUUUCUUUAUUUAUGCUAUAACGAUCCUGCAUAGUGAGAAAAGAUCUCAAGGGUGAUGACAAACUACAGAUAAAAAAUACCAAAAAAAAAUCUCAAAAUAACAUCAAUUGGCAUAAAUAGAUAUCUGAAUUAUUUAGAGUGACUACACAAUGGAUGGUUACUGUAAGAUUAAGUACCUAUACACAUUAUUAUUACCCCCAAUAAAAAACAAAUAACGACCAACGUGUGUUUACAGCUGAUACGAAUAUGUAAAAUGUGCUGUUUCUAAAUGCUGACUAUAUAAAUGCGAAAUGCUCUAUGUUAUGUUUAACGCAUGUUUAUCAUGUCAACAUUUACGUAGGUUCACAAAAAUAAAUUCGUGUCAGAUAUAAACGCGUGUUGCCCCUGCAAGCGUUUAACGCCUGUCAUCCGAAUGUAGCCUUAUGGAUUGUUAUAAGUAGGUAGAUAUAAAAUUGAAUUUCUGUCCCUCACACCACGUUUACCUUGAACAUGAACCUACCGACUCGUUUAUAUCUAGAUGGAGCGUCCACUGUCAAAAAUGUCUUAAUUAUUCACCCAACUUAUUAACUGACAAGUAUAAUAUUUGUUUUAAACAAAAAUUUUCCCAUUUUUCAAUGUUGCAGUUAAUUAUUAUAUUUGGAUAUCACUAUUUACGCACAUAAUAAUUAAUUGUGUAAAUUAGUUUCAUUUAGGUAUAAUAUAAAAUUGACACAAACACUUAUAAAAAAAUAUUUGUUUUAGAAAAGCGUUUGUAAAUAGAUGCUCUAUCUAGAUAUUAUUAAUCUAUCCUACAAAAUAUAUACCUAUAAGUGAUUAUACCAAAUUUUAUACAUGUUGUGUUGUGAUAAGUAAAUCUAUAAAACCUUGUUUUUUGGUUGUGUAAAUAUCUUCAUAGCCGUUUCCAUCAGUACCUAAACCUAGGUGGAGUCGCAAACAUGACAUAUUUUAGGACUUGUAGGUAUUUUGAUGAAAACUAGGCCAGUGAUUCCAUAUAACAGCAAACACCGCGUAAAUACUUUUUUCUCCAACAACAGCGCCAUUAGCGAUUAAUUAACAAAAGACAGAAGUACAUAUAAGUAUAAGAAUAACAGCAAUUUUAGUUUGCAAAUUAUUUGCUGUUAUAGGGACUACAUCCUUAGAGAUUGUGAUAAAUUUGACCAUCCUUGAUGCUAUAUGAUGCUAUUGCUGAGUGUACCAGAGCAUUAUUAAUUUGCCAAUUCAAUUAUAGCAAAGCAUUUCGAAAAGUUUAGGUACUUAAGUAUGUAUAGGUACCUAAAUAAUAUUUUAUUUUAUCGUAUGGUGGCCAUAUCGUAACUUACUCUUGUGUUAUUUGCAUUAGUUUAAUAUCAUGAUGUUAUUUUUAUAAUACUUACCUAUAUUUAUAAACAAAAAUAAGACAGAAAUUUAAAUAUGUACAUGGUGGUUUUUUACUUUUUUUUUAAGUACGUUUGUUCCGUUGUGGAACAUGCUAAGGUCGGAGACCAUACUGCCUAAUUUUCAAUGUGAAAAUUUGUCUGAAAUUUUAUGUUUUUUACUAUUAAUCAUUUAGUUUUUUUUUAUUACUUAUAUUUAAGUAUCCGGGAAAAAAUAUUCAAUAUGGCGGAUUUUUAAUCCUCAUCAACCUGAUAAUUGAUGAUGUGGCCGUUAUAUGGUAUUUUAGGGUAUUUUAUAUAACCUGUUAUGGUUACACAAUUGAAUUCAGAGAUUUAAAAAAUGAAGCAAUAAAUAUAAGUAAGUACCUAUUUUGUGAUUGCAAAUAAGUACUUGGAAAUCAUAAUAAUUACUGCAACU